AUGGACAUCGACUCGCCAGCCGCAGUGCCCGCAAGCCAUCUGGGCAACGGAUCUCUCAAUAUUCCUAGGACGCUACGCGAAACCACGACAGAAUUGACCACCAUUAUCUCCAGCUUCCGGCCAACAAAGCUGUUCGCGCGCGAGACAAAGGAGAACAAGCCGACAUACAUCCUGUCGCUCGACUUUGAUGACCCAGGCGAGCUAUGUAUGACCUCGGAGAGCGACGAGACUCUCCAGAUCUACAACGUCAAGGAGGGCCGCCACGACAAGUCCUUGAUCAGCAAGAAGUAUGGUGCAAAACUCGCUACCUUUACCCAUUGGUCUUCUAGCAUCGUGUACGCAAGCACAAAACAGAACGAUGCCAUCCGCUAUCUUGCCACUCACGACAACUCGUUCAUCCGCUACUUUGAAGGCCACGACGGGCCCGUCACCUCCAUCUCGAUGCAUCCCGGCAGCGACAACUUUAUCUCGUCCAGCCAAGACGGCACAGUCAGACUAUGGAACAUUGGCAGCAAGCAGUGGACCGGCCUCCUGUAUCUGACAAAGCCGUAUCUCUCCGCGUGGGACCCUGCCGGCAAAGUCUUCGCCGUCGCCUCGCCUGCCAGCGGGAGCGUGUUGCUGUAUGACUACCGUAACUAUACCAAUGCUCCGCUCUACAUCUUCGACAUUGUCGAGCAGUGUGGUGCUGUGGACAAGCGCAAUCUGCUGCAAGGCUGGACCAAGCUUGCCUUUUCUAAUGACGGCAAACACCUUUUGGUCGGCACCCGCGGUGCAGGACACUUUUUGCUGGAUGCCUUUGAUGGUACCCUCAAGGCAUUCCUGCACAAAACCGCAGAGCCCACCCGUCGCGCUGCCGUCGGGGAAGGGAAUAUCUCUGCAAAUGCCACGAGCGACUCCUCGCGGUUCGAGACCAGCGGCGACUGCUGCUUCACGCCGGACGGACGCUACGUCUUGGGCGGCACGAAACAGAACGUGCUCGUGUGGGACACUUUGGGCACGGUCAGCGACAGCAAGGUGUUGAGUCCUGCCUUUGUUCUGGAUGACAAGCGGGAGGGCGCCGUGGUCGCCUUCAACCCGCGGUACAACUUUUUCGCCACUGCCGACCAGUCUCUCGUCUUCUGGCUGCCCGACGCAAACGCAUGA